CGGAACGGCUGCCGCAAUGAAAUGUCAUCAUUUCACUGGAAAUGCCAAAAAGGUUAUGUGUAGUUUAACAGAAGCGAUUUGUUUUGACCGCGUAAACCAUACAUUCUCUUAUAUCGGGUUUCGGUGAAAAAGUUUCUGUUUUUCUUACGACAAAUGGUGCAAUUAUCAUUGGAUUAAAUACAAUUUGAUGAAAUGUAGAUAUUGCAUACAUUUGUGCGGUCAAAACAAACGUAGUAAAAACGAUUGCUUCUAGUAUCAUCGCAAUUGUGUCAAGUUUUGCGUAAAUAUUAGCGUCAAAGAACAGAAAAAAGGCUUGAUCGUACUCGUGUGUGUAUGAAGUCAUUAAAAAUCCUUGCAAUAAGUGUGACAAAAACAAAAUGCGCUAUUGAAUGGUGAAGAACGUCAAAGUAAUCGGCAUUAUUCUUGGCAAAGAAAAAUCUAGGCUAAAAUCAAGCAAUGGCGGAAUUUAUUGACCCUGACGUGCAAGAUGAGCUACAAGCAAUGACCGGUGCACCAAAAGUGCCAUUGUUUGGAGGCAUUCGAACGUUAAAUAAGGGUGAUUUGAGAGCUGCAAAAUUGUCACGUCCGACAUUUUCAAGUGAGAAUUCUGGGCCGUCGAUAAACACACUGAAUGCCAUACAACAGCCAGGUCGUAAUUAUUCACCACCACCGCCAUCGGUACCGGUACUGUCAACAACGGAUAAGGCAACCAAAAUAGAACUCGAAGCCAUUCUACGGAAACCGGCCCAUACACCAUUGGACAAAUUUCGAACCUUAGAAGCCCGUGACAAAUUGAUUCGUUUGACAACUGUGAAGAAUUUAGAUAUCAGAAAAGCGACCAGCACACAAGGUGUAUGCCCUGAUAUGUGCCCAGAGAAAGAGCGAUUAUCGCGUGAAUCGAAAAAUCGAGUGGAACCGUUUGAGUCGGGAAAUGGUUCAAAAUCGGUGAUGAACUAUAAAAUGGGUGUGAAAGAGUAUUCCAGAAGUUCGGCCGAUCAAGAGACACCAUUGCCACAUGAAUUGCGACCAGAGCCGGUACUUAAGCUUACCAUGACAUAUUUACUCCAAAACAUUAUGGAUUUAUGUGACGAUCCGGACACAUCUAUCGGUGAAUGGUAUCAAUUUGUGUGGGAUCGAACGCGAAGCAUCCGUAAAGACAUAACACAACAGGAACUAUGUAGUACCGAAACGGUUUUGCUCAUUGAACAAUGCGCUAGAUUCCAUAUCCAUUGUGCCGGUCGUUUGGUGGCCGAGGAACCAUCGAUUUUUGAUCAUCGAAUAAAUACCGAGAAUCUCACCAAGUGCUUGCAAUCGUUGAAAUACAAUUACCACGAUUUGGAUCUGAAGAGAAUUCGAUGUCCGAACGAGCCAGAGUUCCGGGCCUAUGUAGUGCUUCUGAAUUUGCAUGACUCAAAUUUCUUAUGGGAAGUAAAGCAGUUGCGAGAAGAGAUUCAACAGUCGCCCGAAAUACAAUUUGCGAUUAAAGUGUACCUUGCCAUCGAAAGCAAUAACUAUGUGAAGUUUUUCUCACUUGUUCGCUCAACAACCUACAUGAAUGCCUGCAUUUUGCUGCGAUACUUUACGCAAGUUCGUGUUAAGGCACUGAACAUCAUGUUUAAAGCGUAUGCACCCAGAAAUCCGGUCUACAUGCCAAUUUCAAACUUAACCUACUUGUUGGCAUUUGAAGAUGCCGAACAAUGUGCACAGUUCUUGGAAUACUACGGAUUAUCCGUCGACCGUGACGAUGAUCGAUUCUACUUGGAUCGGAAUUCAUUUUACCUACCUGAUAUGCCUUACAUACUGGAUCGAGCUAUCAAUGUAGUCGAACACAAGAGACAUUCGUCGGUUGGUGAGGUGGUUCAUGGUGCACCACUUGAUAUGAAAAGUGUACUGGAGAAGUAUGAGCCGCACGAUAGUUUUGAUGAAAAUGGACUCUUACUUCUCAAAGCUUGGACGGCUGAUGAUCAGAAUUACUAUAAGCCUGAAGCGCGUAUUGAGGCUCGAAUGCAAAAAUCCGUCAUUCCAGACGAAAGUGUAUUCAAAAUGCCGUUGGCACCACCAAGAUCUAGUCCAAAGUCUCGAUUAUCACCGAAGCCAAUCGUCAGUUCUGAGAAUACGUUUUCCGCCACAUCAAAUACGUCAUCCGUUUUUGGAUCGAACAAACUCACAUCGUCUACACAAAAUUCAUCUGGUGGAUUUUUCAAGAUUCAAUCGAAUCAGCAACCUUCGGCAAAUAACAUAUUUGGAGCCUAUAAACAAUCUGCCCCACAAACCAACCUAUUUGGAAACAACGCCUCAAAUGAUACACCAGCUGGGCAGCAGUCAAAGCCAUUUGAUACAUUCGACGGUAAUUCAUUCAAAUUCACAACCAAUACGCCAUUUGGAAAAGCGACUGAAAAUACCACCACACCAACCAACAGUAUUUUUUCGACGGGAUUCUCACAAAAGUCUGAAACUGAAUCAGGAUCGUUUGCUCAAGUGAAACCACCAACAACAAAGAAUGUAUUUGGCAAUGCGACGUCGAAUGCACCAUCAAUUAUUGGUGACUUCUCAUCGGCUGCGUCGAAUGAAUCGUCAAACAACAAAGGGUUCAUGGGACGAACGUCAUUUCAAACACCGACAUCAUCUAGCCAAAGCGUUGGCACUGGCCUGUUCGGUGGAUUUAAAGGCAAUUCAACGUCGAUACCAGGAGUUAUGCCACUGAAAGACACAGACAAUGAACUGACCAAAAAACUUGAAAAGGAGAAAGAAGCAGCCCAGCUGCAGGAAGAAGCACGCAAGAAGAAAGAAGCUGAAGUGAAUGAACGAAAAAGGAAGGCCGAAUUAGAGGAGCAAGCGCGACGAAAGAAAGUAGAAGAAGAGAAAAAACGGCAGCUUGAACUGGAGAAGAAACGAGGCGAAAUUGAAAAGGCAUCGGAAAAGUAUGUAGAAGAAAUUAUCGGGGAAUUGGUAUCAAGUAACCUGGAAGAAAUCACUUCUACGGAAUUAAAGCGGUACCGAGCGAUCGAGGAAUCGAUCAUUAAAACCUACACCGAUCUUGUGAACGAAGUUAUUGAUGCCGAACUGAAACGAAUCGCUUUUGAUGUGAAAACCGCUUGGGAUAAAAAUAUACUCGAAAAAUAUUUCACAUGUUGGCGAAAGUUGACGCGUCAGAAGAUCCAGCAAAGGCAGAAAAUUGCAAACACACCAGCGUGGUUGCCGGCAAAGAGUAUGCAAGAACUAAUUCCCGAACUACAGCACCCACUCCAGUCAAAGACGUUGAGCCUCAUGAAGCGUUAUCGUUCCGGGUUGCCAAGCAAACUCAUCGCUCCGCCGAUUCGAGAAGACAGUAUUGAUUUGUGGAGCAUCAUAACACCGGAACUGGUCAAAUUGACCGCACAAACCAAACUCAAGCGAAUGCAAAAUAUCUACUGGAAAUGUGCCAUUUCACUGCCCGACACCAAUGAAGACCCAUCAUGUAAAGCCAUAAGCCAAUGGUUGGACAAUGUAUUCUAUCGCCAAUUCCCCCGCCAAAAUGAUAUUUUCUUCGUUGAACAACAUGACAUUCACAAUCAACGGGUCAAUGUAUGCAUGCGAAAAUUUACCGGCAAAAAAUUGCUCAACGAAAGCCAAACAGUGCAUGUGCCAAAAGAUGUCGAGGGAACAAAUGCCAUUUUAUUCUUUUUGACCACGAAAAAAUUGCAUGAAACACGUGAACGACUCAAAGCGGUCUUAAAAACGAUUGAACUGAAUAAUGCGGCCGGUUUGAUCAUUUACAGCUUGGAUACGAGUGAUUUGGAUGACAUAAAGAAUGCGCUAAAUCUGUACGAUUUUAUGGAUUAUGACAAAGUGGACGGGUGUUUCUUCGCGAAUAAUUUACGAAAUCGCGGUAACAAUUUGUGUCAUUUGACAAAACAUGGUUUGAAAUAUGUGGCCGCCAAUUCAUUCUACGAUGAUCAAUUGGAAUUGCAACAAAUCGUAUCGUUCCUGCGCAUUUGUCUGGCCGAUGAACUGUGGCAACGUAUCUACAUGUCGGUGAGUCGAAAUCCAACACUACUUGAGGCAACGACACGGUUCAGUUUCCUUGUCGACUAUCACAAUGAAGCCAUUGAUCGACUGAUUUCUGUGUGCACUCCAUCAAUGGAUUCACCAACGCUGUUCCCGUACGAGCUACGUCAAUUUGUGCCGAAGCAUCAACUCGACAUCCCAUUAGGUUUAGAGUAUUUCCCAGAAAAUUGGCAACAAACCGCCGAACAAUAUCAAAAACAAUUGCAAAACUUUUUGAAGUCAUUACAAAUUCAUCGGCAAAUCGAUUUAAAACAUGUCACCGAAAUAUCCGAACUGGAAGAAGUGAUUUUAACAUUUGUUCGGGCUCAUAUUCCAUCGCAAUCGGAUGCCAAUCGAACGGCAUACAAAAUGAUUCAACAUAUUUUGGCGUAUUUAAAUCCAGGACGUUUGGAUAAAUUUGAAUUUAAAGAAAAAUUAGCCAAGUACAGUUGGCUUGAUGCGUUCCCAAUCUUUGCAACCGAUUUACUGUCAUAUCAAUAUCAACGAUUCAGCAGCGAUCAACGAUUACCGAGCUAUGUGAUUUACGAUAAGUACGAGUAUCAGGAUUACAUUCGGACUGCUUGGUGGCUGCAAACAAACGAAGAGCUGCUAAAAGACCUCACCACCAAUGUACUACGAAAUAUCGAUGCCGCCGUCGAUGAAUACGAACAAACGUGCAAACGACAACGUUUGGAAGAAACGCUUAUUGCUUCCGAAGAGAAAAAGAAUUUGGAUGACAUUCUGGAAAAAGGCUAUGCAUCACUAGCAAAAGCCGACAAAACACACCAUCGAAUGAAAGAAAUUCAAUCCACUUGCAAAGAUAUUUCAAAAGACCUUGACUACGAUCUUUAUCGACAAGAAAAAAUCAUGAGAGACAUGAGACACACGUUGAAAGAUUUCAAUGAAUAAAUUGAAAACAAAACCGAAGAGAAAAAAAAAACAUAAACAAUUGUAUUUGUACGUCACUUUUGUUAAUAUUAAUAAGAAAAGAAAAAUAAAAAUUCUUACUUAAUUUAGUUUUAAUUGAA